AAUAAAAUCACUUAAAUAACCUUUUGUGGCCCUUACAUGACAAGAUUAUCACGUCAUUUCACGCAGAAGAACAUGACUCAGGGUAAAUAAAACAAACAAACGUUGCCCCCUUGCGCCUUAUCGACGAGCUGCGAGUUUAUGGUGAGCAUGGAGCUAAUGGCUUAUCUAUUAAACUCCAGGCAACGCACUAAGCAAACACUGCGUCAAAAGAGCACUGUAGGUGGAAGAUGUGCCUAUCCCACUUGUGUUGACUGUCUUUAUCUCUCCACAUCGACAUGGGACUGCGAGGUUCCAAACAACCAGAAGUCCAAGUUCUCCUUCUGGGUCUGGACAACGCUGGAAAAUCGACCCUCCUCUACAAACUCAAACACAACGCGUGUGUCAGCACCGUGCCUACCGUCGGCUUCAACGUGGAAAUGCUCGAUGCGAAAAAGAACAGGAAGAACAUCGCUUUGACCGUGUGGGAUGUCGGUGGUCAGGGAAAGAUGCGCGAACAUUGGAAGAGUUUCCACCAGGACGCAGCAGCUGUCGUGUUUGUUGUGGACAGCUCGGACAUGGAUCGUCUGGAGGAGGCGCGAAGGGAGCUGGAGAACACGCUGAGGAGCGAUCAGCUGAGAGGACGACCGCUGAUACUUCUCGCCAACAAACAGGACGUGAACGGCGCUCUGACUGUCACUGAAAUCAAGGACAGAUUUAACAUGAAGAAGAUUGGCACAACUCGAGAUUGGUUCGUCCAGCCUUGUUCCGCAUCGACGGGAGUUGGAGUUGAGGAGGCCUUCAGACGAGUGGUCCAAAUGGUCAAACUCCCUUCAGACACUGUGGCGAUGAAAGAUAAUAUUAAGGAGACAGUGCACUACAUCAGAUCGACUACCAGACAUUAAAUUUUAAUUAUAUAAAAUGUGAUUUCAAAUCAAUGACAAUCAGACAAAUUAAAUUACAAGGUUAUGCAAUCAAUCUAAACUCAUUUAUACCAACAAUAAAUCACAUUUAAAGAGAUCAGACCUUCUGGUUACGUCUUUACAUGUCCUUUACGCGCAUACAGGCCUUUAGUAUCCAAGUACUACAGAAUCUUACAAGCUACUUUAGAGUGAGUGGAUGUGUUAGACCAGUUCUUAUGAUACCACAGGAAACACAAGACACUAUGGAGUCUAUUACUGUGCAUUAAAACCACUGCUGAGUACCACACGCAGCAUAUGCAUAGCUUCUUUGUUAUUAAAUAACUAAACUCUCGGGUUCAUAGAGGCAUCCGACUGAUACAGCAACAAUAUCAGCGAGAUAAGUCACAAAAACAAGUGCAUAUAGGUUUUUGAAGAUACAGAGAGUGCUGCUACGGUAGUAAAAAUCUCUUUGGCUGACUUGUAAAUAAUGCCAUAUUCAUAAAUAUUGCAGUUAUAAACAGGUAUUCAUUGAUAAACCGCGUUUUCUUUUCUUUAUUUCUACCAAAUUUGCAUUUAGUGUCAUGCCGGAGGAUAAUACACAUCAGCCAAAGAGAUUUUUCUAGUCCUGACAUUAAUUAAGCGUGCUGUGUUAGAAAAUUGAACCAAAGUUGUGCAAUAGCGGAUACAUUCCGUGGAACAACUGGAACAAUGGACGAUACAAUCGUUGGCCAUGUAGACGAAGGCAAAAGUUCAGACUGCUGCAGAAAAAAUAUCAAACAGUCCUGGACGGUUUGUUUUAAACUCAUCAUAAUGAUA